GUGAGUCCUGCUGGUGGCAUUUGGUACACCCUCCCUAUACCACAACAACCCUUGCACAAGGACCCAGAGACUCAACUUGGGAAGGCCAACUUGAGGAGCUGCAGGCUGCACAGGAACUGGAGAAGGACGGAGGAAAGCCAUGGGAUUUUCAUGGAAAUGUCGGAGUGUUCAGAGGGGCUCCUGGGCUGUCUGCAGAUGGUGGCUCUGGGCAGUGCUCUGCUGUGGUUUCUUGUCAUAUCAUGGGACUGAGUGUUGGACUUACCAUUAUUCUGAAAAACCUAUGACCUGGGGAAAUGCUAGAAAGUACUGCCAAAAAAAUUACACAGAUUUAGUUGCCAUACAAAAUAAGGGAGAGAUUGAGUACCUAGAACAGACACUGCCCUUCAGCCGCUAUUACUACUGGAUAGGAAUCCGGAAGAUCAGCAAUACAUGGACAUGGGUGGGGACCAACAAGCCACUCACUGAAGAAGCAGAGAACUGGGGAGCUGGGGAGCCCAACAACAGGAAAUCCAAGGAAGACUGUGUGGAGAUCUAUAUCAAGAGGGAAAGAGACUCGGGAAAGUGGAAUGAUGAUGCUUGCUACAAACAGAAGAUAGCCCUCUGCUACACAGCUUCUUGCCAGCCACAGUCAUGCAGUGGUCAUGGAGAAUGUGUAGAAACCAUCAAUAAUUAUACCUGUAACUGUGAUGUGGGAUAUUAUGGGUCCGAGUGCCAGUUUGUGGUCCAGUGUGAGCCUUUGAGGGCCCCGGAUCUGGGUACUUUGGACUGUUCUCACCCUUUGGGAAACUUCAGCUUCCGCUCCCAGUGUGCCUUCCACUGUUCUGAGGGAACAGACUUGAUUGGGGUUGAAGAGACAAGCUGUGGGCCACUGGGAAACUGGUCAUCUCUGGAACCAGCCUGUCAAGAAACAGACAGGAGUUUCUCCAUGAUCAAGGAAGGUGACUAUAACCCCCUCUUCAUUCCGGUGGCAGUCAUGGUCACUGCCUUCUCUGGACUGGCAUUUAUAAUUUGGUUGGCACGGCGAUUGGGAAAAGGCAAGAAAUCUCAGGAAAGGAUGGAUGACCCGUACUAGGCCAUCCACGGUGAAGGAAAGUUCUUGAGCUACUAAAAAAAAAUCACUGGAAAAUGACUUCAAAUCUUUCCACCAAGUGUUUUGCAUAGUGACCUCCUAAAGAUAAUGUGUUUUCUUCAGUGCACCUGGGAAGAUUUCAUGACCAACAGUCCCUGAUGCUUCAAGUUUUACCUUUAUUCAUUCUCCUACUCACAACCCACAGUUGACAAUUACAUAGCUGUUUUUCAUUAUCUUUUCUAGGGAGAAACAAAUGAGACCACAUUGGAAAAAGGGAAAAUAUUUCUAUGGAAUGUAAAGAUAUCUAACUUUUCUCUUUCCUAUUUAAAGUUCCAAUUCAAUAAUGUACUUGAUGAUAAACAUUUCUAAAUACAAU